GUAUGCUUGGUCAUCAAAGAAACGAUGUCGUUGAGUAGUGACACUGUAGCAUUUUCUCUACUAAAAAAAGAAAGUUUCUCAUAAUCUGAUUCCGUCUCUGAUCUCUAAACACAAUUUCAGUAACUUCUCCACUCUUAUUCUUCUCAAUCUAAUCUCUGAUUUUUUUUCCAUGGCUAAGAGCUCAUUCAAGACAGAACACCCCCUUGAAAGGAGACAGGCUGAAGCAGCUCGCAUAAGAGAGAAGUAUCCUGAUAGAAUUCCAGUAAUUGUUGAAAGGGCAGAGAAGACUGAUGUUCCUGAAAUUGAUAAGAAAAAGUAUCUUGUUCCUGCUGAUUUGACUGUUGGGCAGUUUGUGUAUGUGGUGCGGAAGAGAAUCAAGCUAAGUCCGGAGAAAGCCAUCUUCAUUUUUGUCAAGAACAUUUUACCACCGACUGCGGCUAUGAUGUCUGCAAUUUAUGAAGAAAAUAAGGACGAAGAUGGAUUUCUAUACAUGACUUACAGUGGGGAGAACACAUUUGGAAUGAUGAUCUGAAAUAAUUCAAGGAAGGCAACCAUGUGAAUAGAACUUUCCGAAAAAUGACCACGGUGAACGAGAAAUCUUAAUUGUAAAUUCUAUUGCUUGAUCCAUUUCCUGUAAAAGUGUAUUAACCUAUUACAUUCGUCGUGUGUAUUGGAGAACAUAUUUUGGAUCUGCCUUUUGUUUAUCUAAAUCUGUUUUAUGAUUUUCGUUCA